AUGGCACAUAACGGUGAACUUCUGGAACGAGCAUUGACAUUUUUUCUUUCUUCACUGAGAACUUUAUGUGAGAAAACUAUUGAAGAUACACUGCUCACAAUACAUAAUCAUGAUCAAGCGCGUUUAGAAUACGAUGUGCAUAGAAAUGAAGUAGAAACACUGAAACAUCAAACGAACCUAAAUAGUGAAGCGAUCUCGAAUGCAACUCAGCGAUGUGAAUUGCAGCGUGAAAAAUAUGAACGACUCAAAGAGGAUGUUAAAAUAAAAAUGACACUUCUAGAAGAGAAUCGUAUAAAAGUGAUGCGUAAACAACUUGUUUUAUUGCAUAACGCUUUGAUGGCAUAUUUCUCAGGUAAUGCAAGAGCGUUACAAUCCACAAUGGAACAACUCAGUGCCGAUUACGAUGCUAAUAGCGGUGUGGCGCCAUCCUUUUUGGAACAGUGA